GACGUCACUCCCGGCUCGCGGUGACGUCACUGCCGCCGCUGCCUGGCGCGGGGCGCGCGCGGGACCGAGGGGGGAGCGGGCGCGGCUCCGUGAGGGCUCCGUGAGGGGAGCGGGCACGGCUCCGUGAGGGCUCCGUGACGGCUCCGGCAUGUUUCAGACCUUGUACAGCUGUUUUUGGUGGGAACGGCUCUGGCUCCCGGCAAACCUCACCUGGGCUGACCUGGAGGACCGGGAUGGGCGAGUCUAUGCCAAAGCCUCUGACCUGUACAUCACCCUCCCCUUGGCCUUCCUCUUCCUCGUUGUCCGGCACCUCUUUGAGACGUACGUGGCCACCCCCCUGGCCGGGCUCCUGAACGUCAAGGAGAAGGUCCGGUUAAAAGCCACCCCCAACGCCGUGCUGGAGAAGUUCUACGCUGCCACCAGCAAACACCCCAAGCAGGCCGACGUGGAGGUGCUGGCCAAGAGGAGCGGCUGCACCGUGCGCCAGGUCGAGCGCUGGUUCCGCCGCCGCCGCAACCAGGACCGGCCCAGCCUGCUCAAGAAAUUCCGGGAGGCCAGUUGGAGAUUCACCUUUUACCUUAUUGCUUUCAUUGCUGGCAUGGCUGUCAUAGUGGAUAAACCCUGGUUCUACGACCUGCGGGAGGUGUGGAAGGGAUACCCCAUCCAGAGCAUUCUGCCCUCCCAGUACUGGUACUACAUGAUCGAGCUCUCCUUCUACUGGUCCCUGCUCUUCAGCAUCGCCUCCGACGUCAAGCGCAAGGACUUCAAAGAGCAGAUCAUCCACCACGUGGCCACCAUCAUCCUCAUCAGCUUCUCCUGGUUUGCCAACUACGUCCGCGCCGGGACGCUCAUCAUGGCCCUGCACGACUCCUCGGAUUAUCUGCUGGAGUCUGCCAAGAUGUUCAACUACGCCGGCUGGAGGAACACCUGCAACAACAUCUUCAUCGUCUUCGCCGCCGUCUUCAUCAUCACCCGCCUGGUCAUCCUGCCCUUCUGGAUCAUGCACUGCACCAUGUUCUAUCCGCUGGAGCUCUACCCCGCCUUCUUUGGUUACUACUUCUUCAACUUCAUGAUGGUGGUGCUGCAGUCGCUGCACAUCUUCUGGGCCUACCUCAUCAUCCGCAUGGCCCAGAAGUUCAUAACUGGAAAGGUGGUGGAGGACGAGCGGAGCGACCGUGAGGAGACGGACAACUCUGAGGAGGAGGAGGAGGUGGCCAAGAACGGGCCCCUCUCCAACGGCCACCCUGUCCUCAACAACAACCACCGCAAAACCGACUGAGCGCCCCGGACCCGAGAGCUGCCACCUCCUGCUGCCGGCCCGGCCCCUCCGGCCGCUCCACACGGGACCCGGAGCGCCUGCCGGGCCCCUCCCCUCGGAGCGGGGCCGCAGCUCUGCCUCACACUCACCGCUGGUGCCCUUCCACCUCUCACCUGCUGCCUUAAUCCACCGCGGCUCCCCGGGACAGGCGGGGAGCGCACCGGGACCGGCUCCAUCCCCCCGGCCGGCUCCUUCCCGGGACCGGCUCCUUCCCGGGAUCGGCUCCAUCCCCCCGGGCCGGCUCCAUCC